CGGUGUGAGAUGGGGGGCGGGCGGCGGGCAGAGCCGAGAGCUGCCGAGCGAGCGGACGCCGACGCCACCUGAUCCCAUCCAAGCGCAGCCGAGGCGAUCGAACCAGCACUCUGCGCUCAGGGCCCCCGGCCCCCUCGGACCCCUGGGGAUUUCUGAACAAGGGGCCAGAGGGAGCGGGGAGCCACCCCUAACCCGGGUCGGAGGCUGAAUCCAUGCGUGCGGUCAGUCCUGCUAGGACGUGAAGCCCAUCUCCUUUGCCUCCUGCAAACCUGUCUGCCUGCUUCUUCUGCCAGGCUUCUCAGGAACCCUGGCCCUGCUACCAGAACCCCAGGAGCCCCCAUGAGUGCUGGUGAAGGGAGUCGUGGAUAGCAAGGCCCUCGGCAGACCAGGGGUGGGCGCUCCACCAUGCCACCCAUUCUCCAGCGCCUGCAGCAGGCCACCAAGAUAAUGAGCCGCAGGAAAAUCCUGCUGUUGCUGCUGGGGUGCAGCACUGUAAGUCUCCUCAUCCACCAGGGGGCACAGCUCAGCUGGUACCCCAAGCUGUUCCCCCUGAGCUGCCCUCCCCUGCGGGAGUCACCGCCGCGCCCCAAGCACAUGACAGUGGCCUUCCUUAAGACGCACAAGACAGCCGGCACGACAGUGCAGAAUAUCCUGUUCCGCUUUGCCGAGCGCCACAACCUGACGGUGGCCCUGCCACACCCGAGCUGCGAGCAUCAGUUUUGCUACCCACGCAACUUCUCUGCGCACUUCGUGCAUCCGGCCACGCGGCCGCCACACGUGUUGGCCAGCCACCUGCGCUUCGACCGCGCAGAGCUCGAGCGCCUUAUGCCGCCCGGCACCAUCUACGUCACCAUCCUGCGCGAGCCAGCUGCCAUGUUUGAGUCGCUCUUCAGCUACUACAACCAGUACUGCCCGGCCUUCCGGCGCGUGCCUAAUGCGUCACUCGAAGCCUUCCUACACGCUCCUGAGGCCUACUACCGCCCGGGUGAGCAUUUCGCUAUGUUCGCGCACAACACCCUGGCCUACGACCUGGGGGGUGACAAUGAGCGCAGCCCACGCGACGACGCAGCCUACCUGGCGGGCCUCAUCCGCCAGGUGGAGGAGGUCUUCUCGCUCGUCAUGAUUGCUGAGUACUUCGACGAGUCGCUAGUACUGCUGAGGCGCCUGCUGGCCUGGGACCUGGACGACGUGCUCUACGCCAAGCUCAACGCGCGCGCCGCCAGCUCGCGCUUGGCCGCCAUCCCUGCGGCUCUGGCGCGGCGUGCGUGGAGCGCGAGGCGCAGGAGCUGCGGGAGGCUCGCCAGCGCCUCUUGCGCCGCUGCUUUGGCGACAAGCCGGUGCUGAGGCCCGCCGCGCAGAUCCGCACCAAGCAGCUUCAGCCGUGGCAGCCCAGCCGCAAGGUGGACAUCAUGGGCUAUGAUCUGCCCGGCGGCGCCAGUGGCGCUGGCCCCGCCACUGAGGCCUGCAUCAAGCUGGCCAUGCCCGAGGUGCAGUAUUCAAACUACCUGCUGCGCAAGCAGAAGCGCCGUGUCAGCGCGCGGGUCCGGCCUGAACCUGUCCUGGACAACCCACCCCCAAGACCCAUCAGGGCACUGCCCCGAGGACCCCAAGGCCCCUGAGCACCACAUGCCUGCCGGAUCUGGCACCUGUCUUGUCCUCCCAGGAGGAGGCUUCCUCCAGGUCCUGCCCCAUCAGGACCCUCUGUUUCCCAGGGCCUUGAGCUCUAUGCCGAAAUUGGGGUGUAUCGCUCCAUCUGAGCCCCCCUCUCCAGCUUGGGCUGAGUGCCACCUUCAGGGAUGGUGCUGAUACACCCAAUUAAGGCCUGGGACACCCUCUUCUACCCAGCUGGUUGAUAAGUUUAACAGGCUUAAGGGCCUUCCAGGACUGACCACCCUGCCUUUUUCUGGGGGCUGAGCCCCCCACCGUCCCACCCCACAGUCUUUUCCAAGUAGAUGAAUGCAAGAGCCAGAGAAAGGUACUUUGGGAGAGCCCUGGGAAAAGGCGGUGCUUCCUGACAGAGCUGUGGGGCUCUCACUCUUCCCAGGGUUGUAGAAUCCUAUACUGUCUGUCUUCCAGGUUCUACCCUCCCGACAAACCUAAGCUGCUCCCAGACCCCCAGAACCAAGAGUUCUUGGGUUGGGCUUUUUGUUUGGUCUUUUUGGUUUUUUAAUAAAACAUCUUUAAAUUGUG